AUGGCAGACGAGGCGUGGCAAGAUAACCUCCUCUCCACCCGGCACAUGCACAACCGCCGAGGCCGGGGCAAGAACAGCAACAGCAACAAAGCCAUCAACACCGCCAGCAGCAAAUACAAAACCGAUGGCGGUGGCAGUGGGACUGGCUUUGACGUGCAGCGCAUGUUCGCGACGUACUCGCUCCGCUGCCCCAAGGCCGUCACCACUGCAGCCCCAUCUGGCAUCGGGUCAUCGCCGUCGGGACCGGGUCCGGAAGCCGAGGCCAUGACACGAGGGAAUGUAGUCCACGGCGCCAGGCGCGGCCGUCGAGGCGCCAACGGGGCGGCCAACGACGAAGGGUUUCUCGAGAUCUACCGCGUCACACCCGACGGGCAAGGCUUGGUCGGAUCGUUCCUGCUUCCCGUGACGAGGAGAGAUAUUCCCGGAUCGGCCAGCCUGCUCAAGAAGAAGGUGAAGCAGGAGAGGAAGCAGGCAGACGUCGAGUUCUUGGAGGCAACCGUCAUUCUCGCGGGGAGCAGGAAAGCAAUGGGGCAGAUCCUGAGUGGAGUGGAGGCUGGUUCGCAGAGUCACGAUCCUCUCGAGGCUACGAAGGGCGAAAUUCUUGAUCCUGAGCGACAAGGGAACGACGACGUGGACACGCGUGAAGAUGGCCCAGCCAGUGAUGAUGAGCACAGCCGCGAGCUUGAGCGUACGGGUGACAGUGACCAAGACGACCCGAGCGGCAGUUCGACAGACCACAAUGACAACGAGGACGAUAAUGAUCAUAAUGACCAUGCAGACUCAGCCGGCAGCACAGAAGACGAGCAAGAUGGACAAGAGGACAGAGCAAACCGCUAUCAACGCCCUUUCGAGAAGAACAGCUUCCGCUCGCCAAAGUUCUGGGUGGAAUGGCGUAGCAGCAGCAGUAGCAGCAUCAGCCAAGCCGACCCGGGAGAAAACGUCACAAUACAUCCCGGAGGUCCCCAGGAGCAUGAUGCUCUGGAGACCGGUGGCGACGCUAAUCACUCGUCGCCUCAGCCACGACCGAGUACGGACAGCGUCCUUUCCGGGACGGGAUAUUUGGUCUUCCAGGGCAACGACUGCCGCAAGUUCUCUGGCACCAUCAGCUGUCCGGCCCUCGGGUGGGACAACCUAGCAGCCUCUGGCCACAGGCUGGCCGGUGCCGGAUCGAGGGAUGUGCAGGCCCUGUGGCCAUCGAACGACCUGCGAGCCAUAUGA